AUGGCUAGUAUCCAUGCACGUUGUGAUGGAAUGUUUAUUGGACAUGCGCUUGUAUCUAACUUUGAUGAUUCUUGUCACAUGGCAUCACAACUCAGCGAAAGUCUUCUCGAAUUAAAACGUUUCGAUGGUCCCAAUAUUAUGUCCAGAUAUCUCUAUUCAUAUCAUACAAAAAAAUAUGAUCUUGGUGAAACGACAAAAAUUGUCUAUGAAAGCUUAAAAAAUAGAGUUCAAAACGAAUCUAAACGAUCACCUGUGAGUCGUGAAUCUUUUCUGUUUGAUCAAUCUAUUAUUGACGAAACUGCACGAUUGACUGAUAGCACACUUGGCAAUAAAACUGCGGGAUGUGGUCCAUCUAGUCGUUCGUUUCCUCUUGCAUUAUGUCAUUGGAUUGAUGACGAUGAUCUAUUUGAUAUCUCAAAGAAAGAAGCAAAUUUAACACAUCAUAAUCGAUUGGCAGGAGAAGUUGCCGGUAUUGUUAAUCUUAUUUGUCGAUCAUUAUUAAGAAAAAAGACAUGGGAAGAAGCCAUCCAGUUAGCAUUUUUAGCACCGUCUCUUCAUGACGAUGUAAGUGCUGUAUGUUUACGGUAUGGUCGUUCAAUGAAUCCAAACGUAAACAUGCAUCCAGCUUAUGCUCCCCGCGUGCUUCUUGAAGCACUUCAGUAUGUCGCGAAUUCGAAUAAUUUAACUGAAGCUCUUCGAAAUCUGAAUGUUAAACAGAACUUUUAUGCUUUACCUAUUAUCGGUGUAUUUUUGGGCGCUCGAUGGGAUAUUCCAUUAGAAAUUUUUGAGGACAAACUCAAUGAUCCAAGAUUGAAAACAAUUCGUGAUAUAGCAAAUAAGUUUAGUCGUGAAUGGAAUCCGGAAAACGAGAGUGCAUGGUAUUGA